AUGGUGUGGACUCUUCUCCUCAUGCACAUGUUCCUGAGCUUGCUAGAAGAGACCCGAGCUCGAUCACACUCUCUGCAAUAUUUCUACACGGCUGUGUCUGAGCCAGGCCCAGGAGUGCCUGCCUUUACCGCCUUUGGCUUUGUGGAUGACCAGCCCUUCAUCUACUAUGACAGUGUGGAGAUGAAGGCAAAGCCUUUUGCUCCCUGGUUGAGGGAGGAUUCAGAUUACUUUGAAGAUGAGACUAAUAUCUUCAAAAGUCGGAUGAAGAUUUUCCACUUAAAUCUAAGAAAUGUGCAGCGAUAUUACAACCAAACCUCAGAGCACAGCCUGAACAAAGAGAACCAACAAAAAUCAUCAGGCUCUCACACCCUCCAGUUCACCUAUGGCUGUGAGCUCCAGGAUGAUGGCAGGACCACGGGGCACUGGCAGUAUGGCUACGAUGGUGACGACUACCUGAGCUUGGACAUGGACCCUCUGCAGUACACAGCUGUCUCAUUUCUUGCCCGCUACACCAAACAGAAGUGGGAGGCCAAUAGGAAUGCCAUAGAGAGAGACAAAACCUAUUUGGAGAAUGAAUGCAUCCAGUGGCUGCAGAGAUACUUGGAGUGUGGACGGGAGAGCCUGACUCGCACUGAGCCUCCCAUUACCCUUGUGACCCACCACCCCAGCCCUGAUGGGAAGGUCACUCUGAGAUGUUGGGCCCUGGGCUUCUACCCAGCGGAGAUCACCUUGACCUGGCAGCAGGAUGGGAAGGACCAGACUCAGGACAUGGAGUCUGUGGAGACCAGGCCUAUGGGGGACGGGUCCUUCCAGAAGUGGGUGGCCAUUGUGGUGCCCUCUGGAGAGGAGCAGAGAUACAUGUGCCAUGUGCAACAUGAAGGGCUGCUGGAGCCCCUCACUCUGAAAUAUGAGCUACCUUCUCAGCCCACUAUCCCCAUCAAGAAGCUAUUUCUUAUCCUAAUUCUUCUUGGAGCUGUGGUCCCUGUAGUUGUGAUCAUGGGAGCUACGGUUGCUGGAUUUGUGCUUCAGAGGAACAAAAACUCAGGUCCUGGUUGA